AUGUAUGGUGGACACCGAGGCCGGUUUCGCAAGGUUUCGGAAGCCCCCGGUGGAGGGUCUCCAGGACGUGCUCAACAGCGAGACGUACUAGUGUUCUUGAGCCCUGACGAGCAAAACAAACGCGAGAAACUGACGUUCUCUUCGCUUGAAAGCCAUAGGAAGCCUUUGGAGCAAGUUGAUGAAAGCUCAGAGCUGCUGGACAGUUCUGACCACCGCAACAACCUACAGUUUUACAAAGAAUCAGCAUGCGAUGACUACGGGAACGAAGAUUAUCAUGACAACAACAGAAGCCCACCUGGGAAACCUCCUUUGUCAGGUCUGACCAGAAGUGCGCGAACCCUGAAUCUGGUACAGGUUCCUGCCAUUAACGACUACAUGGACAACUGGAGUCCUUUCGAAGAACGACCCGAAACGCCUGCCAACCUUAAACGUACUGCAAGCAAAAGCGAACUUUCUCCCUUCGUCAACGAUCCCGAGGUGCUGCGCAAGUGGAUGUAUAAGAAGGUCGAGGAGUCUCCGAACAAAUCCAAGAGCAGCUCCUUAUCCCCGUCACAGACUCACUUCGCCAAGCAGCGGAAAACUUACUCUCAACAGGCCUUUUCUAAUGCAAAACCUGAUCAAAGUGCAUUUAUGUCUACAGGCCUCAAAUCGAAAAUGCAAUCGCAUCUCAUGCCGCAGGUAUUUAGCACACCAGACACACCUGUCAAAAAAUCGCCACUUAAUAAAAGCGCUAAUACAACAUCCAUAAUGGACUCCCCCAUGCAUUCCUACACAUCAAUAACUGCACCGUAUGGGUCUAUAAACCAAUCGCCAUUAAGUGCUGCUCAUAGCAGAUUCAAUUCUUCCAACAUCACACAAUCCUCACUUUCCCUUGGACAAAACAAGCAUGCCAAAGCUUCGAAGGUGUUCAGCAAUACUGUUUUGACGAAUACUUUGCAGCAAUUCACAGAUGAUCUUUACGGAAACGACGACGACGAUGCGUUUUUGUCUGAUUGCGCUCCUUCGACAGCUCCCACGGUAACGUUUUCGGGAGAUCCAAACAGUCCAUCGCAUACUCCUACAAAGUCUCCAUACGCCGUACGACAGCCUUCUCCUUUCCUAGCCUCGAAACCAAAGAGAUCCAUCAAUGCUAAAAUAAGCAGGGCAACAUCUCCAUCGUUGGAACAAUUACAAAUAAGCCCUGACUCGCACCUAGCUACCAAGUUCAGCAACGUUGGUACCAUUGGAAGUGGUCAUUUCUCCAGUGUUUACCAAGUGACCUUCGAACAAACGGGCAUCAAAUACGCAGUCAAGAGCAUGCGACCUAAUAAGUUCAACUCAACGGCUAGAAUUUUGCAGGAAAUCGAAAUUCUAUCGCAAAUAAGCGAAACUACCCUGGAUGAAGAGGGAAAAGACUAUGUGCUUAAUUUUAUAAGCUCAUGGAAAUUUCAAGGGAAUUUCUACGUUAUGACAGAGUACUGUGAGAACGGUGAUCUGGACUCUUUUUUGAAAGAGCAGGUAAUGAGCAAGAAAACGCGGCUUGAAGAUUGGCGAAUAUGGAAAGUUAUCGUGGAGCUGAGCCUGGCGCUCAAUUUUAUACACGAUUCUUGCCAAAUUGCUCACCUGGAUAUGAAGCCAGCAAACGUGUUGAUUACAUUUGAAGGUAGCUUAAAGCUGGCGGAUUUUGGAAUGGCUGCGAAGCUACCUGUUGUCAAUAAUGGCUUGGAGAACGAAGGCGACCGAGAGUACAUCGCGCCAGAAAUCAUUUCCGAUUGUAUAUAUGAUUUCAGGGCUGACAUUUUCUCGCUGGGACUAAUGAUAGUUGAAAUCGCAGCCAACGUCAUGCUGCCUGAUAACGGGAACGCGUGGCACAAAUUGCGUUCGGGCGAUUUGUCCGAUGCUGGGAAGCUCAGCUCCACCGAAAUACACUCACAGUCAUUGUUUUCAAGCACGAAUACCACCACAGAGAUCACUAAUAUAUCCUCACAGGGGGAAGCUAAACUCGAUUUUCUGGUCGACAGCUGCAACAAGAUUCCGGCGUGGGUGCCAAAAUUUCUAAUCGAUGGUGUUUCUCUCGAGAGAAUGGUACGACGCAUGAUAGAGCCAGACUACCGGAAAAGACCUACUGCAAGCGAGAUUUUGCACUCAGAAGAAUGCAAGUAUGUGGAAAUGACUCGUAAGGCCGGCGCCAUAGUUCAAGAAGAUGAUUUCGGGCCCAAACCCGAGAUGUUUAUGUAA